AUGGCUACUUCAACUCUAAAUGAGCCUAUUGCUGUCGUCGGCUCUGGUUGCCGCUUCCCUGGCGGCAUCAAUACGCCAUCCAAGCUUUGGGAUGAGCUAAAGGCACCCACCGAUCUCCAGCGCCCAAUUCCCAAGGACCGUUUCAAUAUUGAUUCCUUUUACCAUCCCGAUGGAACGCAUCAAGGUCGGACUAACGCCAUGCACGCGUACACUCUGUCCACCAACACGCACGCAUUCGACGCGCCUUUUUUCAACAUCCAGCCACACGAGGCCGAGGCUAUUGACCCUCAGCAGAGGCUGCUGCUGGAGACUGUCUAUGAGGGUAUUUCAUCGGCAGGGAUGAAAGUUGAAGAUCUUGCAGGCAGCUCGACGGCCGUCUACGUUGGCGUCAUGACACAUGACUUUGAGACGAAUAUUACACGCGAUUUGACUAACGUUCCCACACAUACCGCUACCGGGAUUUCUUUGUGUAUUGCAUCGAAUCGAUUGUCUUACUUCUUCGACUGGCAUGGUCCUAGUAUGACCUUGGACACGGCAUGUUCAUCGUCGCUGGUUGCCGUUCAUUUAGCUGUGCAGCAGUUACGAAGCGGUAGCAGUAAGAUUGCUGUGGCAGCUGGAGCCAAUUUAAUCCUUGACCCCAUGCCUUAUGUGUUGGAAAGCAAACUGAACAUGCUGUCGCCAACCGGCCGGUCGCGAAUGUGGGAUGCAUCAGCCGAUGGCUAUGCUCGAGGUGAAGGCGUUGCUUGUGUUGUACUCAAAACCCUUAGCCAAGCACUCGCAGACGGUGACCAAAUCGAGUGCAUUAUCCGUGAAACAGGAGUCAACCAGGAUGGUCGCACCCCAGGUAUCACAAUGCCGAAUAACGCGGCGCAGGCAAGCCUUAUUAGAGAGACGUACAAAAAGGCAGGGCUUGAUCUUGAGAAGCCCACUGAUCGUUGUCAAUUCUUCGAAGCGCACGGCACUGGAACGCCCGCCGGAGACCCCCAGGAGGCUGAGGCAAUUUCCACAGCUUUCUUUGGUCAUAGGAAACGUAUAACUGAUGAAGACCCUUUAUACGUUGGUAGUGUCAAGACAGUCAUUGGGCAUACAGAGGGAACAGCAGGCAUUGCUGGCUUGAUGAAGGCAUCACUUGCUGUCCAAAAUGGCAUCAUCCCUCCAAACUUGUUGUUUGAUAACCUCAGCCCCCGUGUAGCUCCCUACUACCAUGAUUUGCGCAUUCUCAACGAGGCGCAGCCUUGGCCUACCUUAGCUCCAGGGCAGCCGAGGCGAGCAAGCGUCAACUCUUUCGGUUUUGGUGGUACAAAUGCCCACGCCAUUAUUGAGAACUACGUGCCCCCCGACUCCUUGGCUCACACGCUGCGUCCUGAUCACCUCGGUUCGCCCAAUACGGAGGCAGCAUGCAUUCUUCCGCUUGUUCUCUCAGCAAAAUCCGAAAGGUCGCUGAAGAACGUCAUGGAAAGUCUUAUUGAAUUCCUCAAGGCCAAUCCAGAAACUCAAAUUCAGGACGUCGCGUGGACCCAGCUUCAAAAUCGCUCUGUGCUUAACGUGCGGCGCUCCAUCGUUGGCGUCCAGACCCUUGAUGCUGCGAUCGCCACUCUCCAAGGAGAAGUCGCCAAAAUCGAUGCCAAAGAAGAACCUCCAAUUAUGACGACUGAUCUGAGGAAUAAUCCUGGCAUCCUUGGCAUCUUCACCGGCCAAGGAGCACAGUGGCCCACGAUGGGCAAGAAGCUGGUCUCCGAUGUUCCCCUUGCCAACGCCAUUCUCUUAGAACUUGAAGACUCGUUGCAGACACUUCCGGAGGAGUACAGACCUGAUUGGACCUUAUACGGCGAAAUGAUGCGUGAAAAGGAAUGUUCAAACGUCAUGAACGCGGCUUUUUCACAACCACUUUGCACUGCAGUACAAAUCAUUCUCGUUCGCCUUCUCGCUGCCGCGGGUGUGAACUUUAAAGCAGUUGUCGGCCACAGUUCGGGCGAAAUCGCAUGCGCGUAUGCCGCUGGCUUUAUCACCGCUUCUCAAGCCAUCCGAAUUGCGUACCUCCGCGGUGUUGUUACGACCAAUUACGCUUGCUCCCCUACAGGUGAGAAGGGUGCCAUGCUCGCUGCGGGUACUUCAUUUUCGGGUGCUCUAGAGCUGUGUGCCUUGGAAGCAUUCCGAGGGCGAAUCUGUGUUGCAGCAAGCAAUUCACCAGAUAGCGUAACGCUCUCGGGUGAUGCGAGCGCUGUUCAUGAUAUGCAGGAGGUUCUUGAGGACGAAGCAAAGUUUGCACGUUUGUUGAAAGUGGACAAGGCCUAUCAUUCGCACCAUAUGCUACCUUGCGCCACAAAGUAUACCCAAGCAAUGGAAUCGUGCGGCUACUCCAUCAAAGCUGAAAUCCCUUCAUCAACUUCUCCCAUCUGGUAUUCUUCCGUUCGGGAGGGCAGGGUUAUGACUGCCAACGAUGUUGCCAGUGAUUACUGGAAAGACAACCUCAUCUCGCCAGUACUAUUUUCACAAGCGCUGACUCACGCCACGAGCGACAAUGCGACCAAACUUGACGUCGCUAUAGAAGUCGGCCCACAUCCAGCCCUCAAGGGCCCUGCACUUUCGACCAUGCAGGCGAGCGCAGGCAUCAAGCUCACCUACACUGGGUGUAUGCAACGCGGUGGCGAUGAUAUUGAUGCUUUCGCCAGCGCUCUGGGUCAUCUGUGGGAGCGCUUCGGCUCCGGCUGCCUCGAUAUUGCCGGUAUCAUAAACAAGAUCUCUCCUCGAGGAUUAAACAGAAGUUUGGCGAAAGAGCUUCCUCGCUAUCCUUGGGAUCACUCCCGUACGUACUGGGCUGCAUCCCGGCGUGCAAAGGCUUUUCUUCAUGGUGAUAAACCGCACUUACUGCUGGGCAAACUGUCCCCUGACAGCACGGUUUCAUCGAUGAUAUGGAACAACUUCAUACGGCCACGAGACAUCGACUGGCUCGAGGGCCAUGGACUACAGGGACAGACCGUUUUCCCUGGUGCUGGAUAUGUAAUCAUGGCCAUGGAGGCAGCGCUUCAUGUGGCCUCAGGCCGCAAAGUGCAACUGUUGGAGGUUCUACAGUUGAGCAUCGAUAAGGCCAUCACAUUUGAGGACGAGAGCACAUCUGUAGAGCUUUCGUUGAAGGCCGAUGUCGUCACACUGGAGCCCUCUGAUCCUGAUCGGAUUGUGCUUACAUUCAAUAUUGCAUCAUGUCUGGCCAAGGAGAAUAGUCCAUCCUCGUCAGCUAGAGGCCAGAUUAUUGUCACCUUGGCUCAAGGUGAUCUAUCUUACCAUGCUCUGCCGCACUCACAGGAUGAGCCGCCGCACAUGAAUAAGGUCAACCUCGAAACAUUUUACAAGGAGCUCGCAGGCAUUGGUUAUCAAUAUUCCAAGGAGUUCCGCGAGAUUACCAACAUGAAGCGUGUUGAUGGAAAGACCACUGGCACGAUGGCGUUUCCCAAGUGUCUUGAUGGUGAUAGUACUAUUGUACUUCACCCAGCAACCCUGGAUUUGUCCUUCCAAACCAUUAUUGGUGCUUAUUCUUCUCCGGGAGACAAGCGACUGCGAUCACUUCAUGUGCCUACCAGCAUCGAGCGCGUCGCCGUCAACCCUUUUUUAUGCGCUUCGCUGUACAAGCAGAGUCUGAGUACGGUUUUUUUUAACUCUUCAGUCCGAAAUUCUACCAGCGAUGCAAUUGGGGGUGACAUUGAAGUCUUUGCACCAGCCACUGAUGGAAUCACCGACAAUCGAUCUACUUUAUUCCAAGUCGAUGGAAUAAUGUUCAAGCCCUUUACCCCUCCAUCUGCCGCUGAUGACCACCAAAUGUUUUCGAAAUGGAUAUGGGGACCCCUUUCCCCUGAGAAGCUCCUCGACGAUGAGAAAUACUGGGCAACAGAGCAGGAUAAGGCUGCAAUGCCAGUGAUGGAGCGCAUUGUGUUCUUUUAUAUCAGAACGUUUCUACAACUCAUUACAGAAGAGGAUAAACAGUUUAUUGCUCCAUACCAUCAGCAGCAGGUCAAAUGGUUCGAGUAUGUACUGGCAGAAGCAAGGGGGGGUCGGCUUCACGCAUGGUAUAAUGAGUCUUGGGAGACCGACACUCAGGACGGAAUUGCGAAACUUUGCGAGAGGUUUCCUGACCAUCCACACGUCCGCUUAAUCUAUCGGAUAGGCCAGAACCUUGAGGACAUUAUCAUCCACGGCACACGGAACCCUUUUCAACUGAUGGACCAUGAUGGUCUUCUUACAGAAUUUUACGCCAAUCCUCGCAGUUUUGGUCCGUCACUCUCUUACUUCCAGGAUCUCUCGUCACAGAUUGCCCAUCGUUACCAGAAUAUGGAUAUCCUUGAGAUUGGCGGCGGUACUGGAGGCGCAACAAAGCACAUCCUUGAUAUUCCGCAGCUUGCCUUCAACACGUAUACAUUCACCGACAUCUCUUCGAGCUUUCUCGACAAGGCGCGUGAGCUUUUCGUCAAGUACGAAGAUCGCAUGGACUUCCGCACUCUAGAUAUACGCCGAAACCCUGAAGAACAAGGUUUCAAACCACAACAGUACGCUCUUAUUAUUGCUUCUAACAUUCUUCAUGCUACACCGAUCCUUCAUGAGUCUAUGAAGAAUGUACGAUCGCUUCUGAAGCCUGGUGGUCACGUUGUGGUGAUGGAGCUCACGCACCGUAAGCAUUCUCGACUUGGCUUCAUCUUUGGUCUGUUUCCCGACUGGUGGGCAGGUCAGGAUGAAGGCCGCAUCUGGGAGCCGUUUGUUAGCUUUGACAAAUGGGAUGAAAUCCUCAGGCAGACUGGGUUUUCGGGUAUCGAUUCUCGUACCCUAGACCGUGACGCUGAGCUAUUCCCCAACUCGUGCUUCAGUACACACGCUCUUACCACCCAAAUUUCACGGCUGGACCAUCCGCUUUCUGCCGCACCAAAGGACAAAGAGCCCGCCAUUGUGACCAUUGGUGGAGGCUCUCUAUGGACGAAGGCUGCCAUCGAAAAGUUGCGGCAGAUUCUACCUCACCGCCGCUUGACCUGCGUCAAAAGUUUACGAGAUAUCCAUGAGACGGAUUUGGAGACUAAGUCUACAUUUCUUGUUCUUUCAGACUUGGACGAUCCGCUCUUCAUCGACUUGGAUGAGGACAAGUUUGAAGCUAUGAAAUCCAUCUUCUACUAUGCCUCCCACAUUCUUUGGGUGACAGAGAACGCCUGGGUUGAACACCCUUACCAAGCCAUGGCGAUUGGUCUCCUUCGCUCAGUGCGUCUUGAGCACCCUGAAGUUUCUGCCCAGGUUCUUGACGUGGACAAUCUUGGCAACCUUCAUGGCAAUGUUCUGGCGGAGCAACUGCUUCGUCUAGAAUUUGGAUCCACCUGGCAGGAGGAUCACCUACUUUGGACUCAGGAACCUGAAAUUUACUUAUCGCAAGGCCGCAUGAUAAUCCCUCGUCUCAAGCAUGACAUUACGAGAAAUGACCGACUCAACUCAAAAAGACGGCCUAUUUUCACUGAAGUCAAUAUUGAUGAGUCUCCUGUUAGGUUGCGGAAGGCCAAUCAGGACUCGUACUUGGAGUGCAGCGUCGCUGACACGCAUGCUGGCCUGGUCAAUAUUUCUGUCAGCUUUGCUCUAGCCAAAUCCAUUCGCAUCGGCAACCUUGGGUAUCUGUACGUCGUUCAAGGUACUGAGAUUGGCUCCAGCAAGCCCGUCAUCGCACUCUCUCAAGAAAACGCAUCAACGAUUGCCGUGCCUGCCGGUCGAGUGUUUCCUCUAGACUCUGUCCACGAAGACGAGUGUGUCCUGCUCUCUAUAGCUGCAGAGAUACUGGCACAGGCAAUUAUUUCCCAAGCUGCACCCGGCACCGCCAUGAUUGUCCUGGAGCCGCCUCACUUUUGCAUCGAGGCGAUUGAGCGAGCAGCUGCAAAAGCAGGCGUGCGUGUCAACUUUGCAUCAGUACAUCCAGCACCAUCCUGUAAAGGACAAUGGAUUAGAUUGCACGAGAAAGAGACGCACAGCAGCCUUUUGGUCAAAGCCUUUACCCCUGACACGUCGGUCUUUUAUGAUCUUUCUAUCGAUCAGAGCCCGUUCGGCUUGGCCCGCCGCCUAGCUGCUUGUUUCCCAUCGACAGUGUUGGUACUUCGCACUGAACAUCUUAUCCAAGACUUGGCCACACAGACCGUCUCUUCAUGUAUCCCAAAUGGUUACCUAAAGCAUGUUGAACAAGCUGUUGCUAUGGCAGUCACUUCCAAGUCUGCUCCUGAUAUGGUCCCUGCGAACAAGUGGACAGGGUUCAAUGGCACUUGGGGUAUGUCUACAGUAAUCAACUGGCGGGCUAAUCCCAAUCUCAAUGUCAGGAUACAACCCAUCGACUCUCUUAAUCUUUUCCUCCCUACAAAGACGUAUCUCCUGGUGGGACUUGCUGGAGACCUCGGUCGAUCUCUCGCCCGCUGGAUGAUCAAGCACGGAGCCUGCUAUGUUGUACUCUCCAGUCGCAAUCCUCAAGUCAAUCCACGAUGGCUGGCCGAGACUGAGAAAAUGGGAGGUAAUGUGCUUGUACUACCCAUGGAUGUCUCUAAGAAGGCUUCCGUGGAUACAGGGCUUGAAACAAUUGCUUCUUCAGGCAUGCCCGCUAUUGGAGGUGUCGCUUUCGGUCCACUCGUUCUCCAAGACAUCCUGUUCAAGAACAUGGACCUUGAAAUGAUGGAGAUGGUUGCGGCACCCAAGGUCACCGGUGUGCGCAUCCUCAAUGAAGCUUUGGCGGAUUCUAAUCUGGACUUUUUUGUCAUGUUCUCGUCAGUUGUUGCUGUCUUGGGUAACCCCGGUCAAAGCGCGUAUAGUGCUGCCAACUCUUACAUGCAUGCUCUUGCACAACAGCGACGAGCACGCGGGCUCUCGGGGUCUACCAUUGACAUUGGUGCUGUCUACGGUGUCGGCUAUGUUACCCGCGCCGGCCGCGAAGAAGAAUUCGACGCUGUCCGCUUCUUGUUUGAUACUGUUUCUGAGGACGAAUUGCACGCGCUCUUUGCCGAGGCUGUUGUAGCUGGAAGACCUGACGCUCCCAAGGACGAGGACGUUGAGGUCAUUACGGGAGUGCCGUUCAUCGACCCAACCUUCCGGGACCGCAUUCCCUUCUUUGACGAUCCACGGUUCGGAUAUUACAAACUUCAGAGUCAGAGCGCUAAGUUGGACGACCUUUCUGCAUCUGGAGGUUCUAUAAAAGACCGAUUGAUGGCAGCUCAUUCCCUGGAUGAGGUCCGCGAUAUAGUUAUCGAUGGCCUCGCUACGAAGCUACGCAGCACCUUACAAAUCCCUCCAGAGGAUAGUGUAGACAUUGUGAGCCCACUUAUUGACCAAGGAGUUGACUCUCUUGGCGCAGUAACAAUUGGAACAUGGUUUUCCAAGCAACUUAAUCUCGAUCUCCCGCUGCUAAAGGUAUUAGGCGGCGCAUCAAUCUCUGACUUGGCUAUGGAGGCAGCAGAAAGGUUACCCUCUUCUGCUAUCCCGCUUGUUCAAGACGGUUCAAGAAAUGAUGACGAUGGUGAUGGAAAGGUCGAUUCUUUGGGCGAUGGAUCCAAGGAUGGAAGUUCCACCGAGGAAGAAUCCGGAACCAGGACUCCCCUAACCGAGCCGGAAGACAUGGACAAUGAGGCCAAAGACCCCGUCAUUGUCCGCCAAGAGCAGAUGUCGCUUGCUCAAGAGUACUCCUGGAUACUCCAACAGCAGGCUGACGACCCAACUAUUUUCAACUCCACAAUCGGCAUGUUUAUGGAGGGCCCUAUCGAUCUCACAAGGCUCUCGGCAGUGGUUAAUAUUAUGCUACGCCGACAUGAGAUUUUCCGCACAAGAUUCUCUGAAGAUGGCAAUACUCAUGUACAGACCGUGAUGUCCUUACCAUCAUCUGCUGUCCGACUACAGUCAGUGCGCGUGGCCGAUCGCGAUACAGCUUUGGAAGGCUUCUCUCGGGUCGAGCAACACAAAUAUGCCCUCGCCGAUGGAGACACGAUCAAACUAGUUGUAUUCCAUUGGUCAUCUGAUCAACAUCUUUUGGUACUUGGCUACAGCAGGCUUGUUGGUGACGGACAAACAACCGAGAAUCUCUUCAAUGAGAUCGGGCAGCUAUACGCAGGCGUAUCGCUCCCUGCCCCCGUGCAACAAUAUGUGGAGUCCUCCUCCCGUCAGAGACAACAGUACGAGAGUGGCAGUAUGGACGAUGACAUCGAUUUUUGGUUGUCUUUGCACAGGACCCCAGCUGCUGUGCUGCCGGUCAUGAGCUUGCCUGGUGCCCAAACUCGUGAGUCCGCUACUGCGGUUCCAACUGGCCUUUGGGAGCAACACUCCAUCAAUGUCCGGUUGAAUCCCAUGAUUGCCAUCCGCGUCAAGGAACGUAGCCGCAAACACAAGGCCAGCCCUCUUCACUUCUACUUGACAGCAUUCCACGUGCUGCUUGCUCGAUUGACCGGCACUGUCGAGGUCGCCGUCGGUGUUGCCGACACCAACCGGCCCAACCUGCAGGACGUGGCGACAAUGGGUUAUUUUGCAAAUCUCCUGCCUCUGCGAAUGGCCUACGCCGCCGGCGACACCUUCGGUGACGAGCUUGUUGCAACCAAAGAACACAUGCGGACGGCGUUGCAGCACUCCCAAGUGCCGUACAGCGUCCUGCUCCACCGUCUUAACCUGUCUUCAGCACAAGCAAAGUCCGGAAAGCCAGCACCGCUUUUCCAGGCUGUCUUUGACUAUCGACAGGGCCAGGCGGAAAGUGGCACUAUUGGCGCAGCCAAGAUCACCGAGGUGAAGGCAACGCGUGAACGAACCCCUUAUGACGUUGUGCUGGAGAUAUCGGAUGACCCAAGCAAGACACCCCUCAUUACAUUCAAGCUUCAAAACACGCUCUACAGCUCGGAAGAUGCGAAGUUCCUUGCUAAUGCAUACUUGUCCGUGCUAUCCGUUUUCUCUAGGAAUCCGGCAUUGAAGGUGAAUGAGGGACGCUUGGAUCAGCCCCUUAAAGGGGCUGCAGUUUAG